AUGGAUAUUAUAAAGGGAAACCUAGAUAGAAUUUCAAAACCAGCCUCAAAUUCAAGAACACAUCCUGGGAGCAGAGGUUCAAAUUCUUCUUUAGAAGUUCUCUCACCAGAACCAGCAUCCUUCAAGGUUGAUACUUCAAUCAAGUUGAACUCUGGUAAAGGGAGCCACUCAGAAACCACGGAAGAAAACAGAAACACAGAGGAAAGUAGGAACGGUAGCAAUGAUAAAGGGGAAAACGACUCUGAGACAAUAGAGUUGUCUGAUGAGGGAUCAGAUGAAGAUCUGGACUCUGUUCAACAUCAGACAAUCUCCGAGUGUUCAGAUGAACCCAAAUUAAAAGAAUUAGAUCUUAAACUUGAGGAUGCUAUUCAGAAGAUGAAGAGGCUGGAUAAAAUAUUGGUCAAGAGACAAUACAGAGAGAAAGAAGUUAAGAAGCAAGGUCUAGAAAUGAGAAUAAAGCUGUGGGAAGAACUUAAGUCUGCAAAAAAUAAUGAAACUUUAGAAAGUAAUGAGGAGAUGGAAAAUACAAAAAAAUUUUUGGCUUUGACUGCAGCAUCAGAAGAAACUGUUGAUACUUCUCACUAUGAGGAUGGAGGAACAUUUCUUCCAGUGUUUCAUACUCAAGUCCCUCCAGAAGAGUAUGAAAAUCAUAUAAAGUAUGCCAACCAAGGUUUGACAUAUGAUGUGGAAGGAAAUGAGUCAUUGAUCAAAUCAGAUAUGAAAACUUCUUCAAAACCAGAAAAUAUUGAGCUCAGGGGUAAACAUAACCAGGAUUUUAUUAAAAAAAACAUUGAGUUGGCCAAGGACUCAGGAAACACAGUGGUUAUGAUUGAUAAGGAGAAGAAAAGGCUGGAUGAACUUUUGAAGGACUUAGAUGACGGAGCCUCUGGACUUUCCAGUUCUGAGGGUGAUCAGUCUGGCUGGUUGGUCCCAGGAGAGGGAUACACACUUGCGGUUACAGAGCAUCAGCUGCUUGCUGAAAUUGAUACAAAACUCCAGGAGCUCUCAGCAGACUCCCCAACAAUUUCCAGCUUUACUCUGAAACUUGAAGAUCAAAAUGAUCAGAAACUUGUCCUUAAGGAUGAUGGCAAAAAGAAGGAAAUAACUCCUGGAGAAAAAGUACUUCGGAACGCCAAGGAACAACGGGAUCAGCAAAAUAGGCUGAAAGAGAUAGAUGAAAAGUUGAGAAAGAUGAAGGAAAAUGUGUUAGAUUCAACAUCACUUCUCUCUGAGGAACAGUUAAACUCUCUUCUGGAUGAAUGCAUAUGCAAACAAAAAUCCAUCAUUAGACUUUAUUCAGAACGAGAAAACAAAGACAUCGAGGAUACAACAUCUGAGUUUCCCCAGCUUUCCAGAUCAGUCCUCUCUGAGUUACUAAUUGGAUCAGAAACAGAGGUGAAAAAGACUGAGGUAGAAGAUUCACAUAUCCUUGAGAAGGCAGAAUGUGAAACAUCUAGAGGCUACUAUCUCACCAAAGCCUUGAGUGGGCAUCACAUGUCAGAUGCUCUUGUCAUUAAAGCAGAGAAUAUGAAAUGCCUCCAGUUUUCCAAGGAUGAAGUUACUAGUGACACAAAAGAUUAUUUUAUGUCAAAAACUCUUGGCAUUGGGAGACUGAAAAGGCCCUCUUUCUUGGAUGAUCCAUCAUAUGGCACCAAUGUGGACCUUUCCUCAGAAGAAGAUCAGCAUGUGAAUCUCAGCUCUCCAGAGAAACCAAAUCCAGGGCACAGGAGCAUCCAGUGGCUUAUGCUGCUCUCUUGUCCACUUUUCAUCUGUUGGGGUUUUAGGUGUUUGGUAAAUAGUUCUCCUCUCUUCCCAAAUGAGAAUGGACAGAGUCUAACAAAUGAAGAUCAAGAAGGUCAGCUUUAUUGCUGGUGUAAUACAGAGAACAAGUGA